GACAAACAGGGAAUUAGCCGGCCCUGUCCCAGCCUGCUGAGGUGGGGGCCAUGGUGCCAAGAGGCAGACCCUGCUCCUCCAUGCUGUCCACAGGUAGAUGGGGCUGUGGCUGCUGUGCAACAUGCUGCUGACACAAGAAGGUGAGAGAAACCUGGAAGCCACCUUUUCCCAUUGGAGAGAGGAUGGAGAUGAGAUGCGCUGGGAAAGGAACACGAGGCUAAGCCUGGCACUGCUUAGGCCCUGCCCAAACUGGCAAAUGGUAUCAGGAGCUGAGAUUCACUCUGUGACUGCAGACAAAUGUUGGAGCUGAUCCCUACCUAGCCCAAAAACCAGUACUGGAAAGCCACACGCAAGGAGGGAGAGUGAAGGCAACCCAGGGGGGCAGAGGUCCCCCCCUCCUCUACCUCCUCAGCUGGCACUCUGAUGCAAAAUUAUACACAGAGCCCCCAGGGCUGUGUCCCUUCCUCCCAGGAGACCAGUGAAGAAAGGAGUCACGGAAAGAGUCUACAAGGGGUGAGCUGGCAGAGGCAGGAAGCUCUGCGAGGGGAAAACAAGGCAAGCAAAGCUCUUCUCAUUCCCACUCCCACUGCCCAGCCAAGGCAGUCAAGGCCUGGCCAGUGGAGCAGUGCAGGGCAGCAGACGAUUUACUGCUUGGCAGCAAUUGUACCUUUAUCUGCUGCCUGUGCCAGCUGUCAUCAUUAGCUUGGAAGGUGGCAAGAUAAGGAGAGCUAUGCUUUGUAAUGGCAGUGGAGAUCGACCCCUGCAGCACCAUGCCACUGCCAAGCAGAGGUGGAGACCAGGCCAUUUGGACAUCGGCACUGAGGCUGGCGGCAGGGAAAGAGCAUCUGGACCUGGAGCAAGAGUGCUCAGCCCAUCUGUGUCCCUCCCGAGGAAGGUACGCUGCUUUGCACAGCUCCAGAGGUGGCCCAGCCAAGGCAUUUCCCCACCAAAGGGCAGUGGGUGGAUCUUCAUGCCCAACUUGGCUGAGAAGAGAUGGCAUCUUCAGUCCUUCUGUUACAGGCUGAGAGCAGGGCAGCCCUGGCAAGCACCAACAAGUGCCCUUUGCCCACAAACUUCUGCAGCGCCAACGUGGCAAGCAGGGCCCAGUUCACGUUUACCUGGAACGACCCUGUCCAUGGUUGAUAACCUGUGUGGGUGACCCUAUUUAAGAAAUUCAACAGAAGAAGCAAGAACAGAUGGACACAACACACUGCUGGAAAGCAGACACAGAUCUGCAAGGGGGAACAGCUACCCACGUCCACAACAGUUGGGUAGGCUCCAGGCACGUGAUGCUGCCCAAGGACAUCGCCAAGCUGGUGCCCAAGACCCACCUGCUCUCGGAGUCGGAGUGGCGGAACCUGGGGGUGCAGCAGAGCCAGGGCUGGGUCCACUACAUGAUCCACGAGCCAGAGCCUCACAUCCUGCUCUUUCGGCGGCCAUUGCCCAAGAAGCCAGAAAAGUGAGUGGCCCCUGGUGUGCCGAAGCUCCCAGUCCUUACACUCUGAGAAAGCACCUUCCUCCUUCUUCUCCUCGGGAUUUCUUGGGGGCUUCUCCCCCUGACCCUCGAUGCUGCCUGGGCGCCGUUUUGGUGACUUAGCCCUGGUUCCGGGGGCCCUUUCCGUUGCGAUGCCUCCAAAGCUUCAAUAAAGUGAUGUUUGGGA